UUUUCCUAUAUAAAGAGAGCUUCAAACACCAGUUGGUAAUUAAGGAACAAGUGCAAAGAGUUUCCUCAGAACAAUGGCUGGCUAUGGUUAUGCAUACAGAGGUGGCUACACGACCUACGACGGCGGCGUUGCUCCACGAGGUGGCACCGAUGGGUGGAACAAAACAAGCUAUAGUUCAGAUCAUACGUGUCAGCCUGUGUUCAUUGAUGCAGAAGGGAGGCGGAAGCCGAUCACGUCUUACACUGGUCCGCACGGUAGCACCGAGUAUUACGUUACAAAAACCGAGAUAGUCGAGGUUCCAUAUAUGGCCGAAUACAAGCAAAGGGCUCCUGUAAGAGUUGAGGUGGUGAGGGACUAUGGUGAGGGUAAGCUGAUUACUAGGCCCUUAAGUCCCGGGAAAUGGCGGGAGAGUUCAAGUCCUGUUCGGUAUCAUACUGAAGAGAAAUGGAAUAAGCCUUCUAGCCCCGUUCAGUAUGACGUCAAAGAGAAAUGGAAUAAGCCAUCGAGUCCUGUUCGGUAUCGUGUUGAAGAGAAAUGGAAUAAGCCUUCUAGCCCCGUUCAGUAUGACGUCGAAGAGAAAUGGAAUAAGCCAUCGAGUCCUGUUCGGUAUCGUGUCGAAGAGAAAUGGAAUAGGCCCUCUAGUCCUGUUCGGUACCAUGCCGAAGAGAAAUGGACGAACCGGCCUUCAAGUCCGGUUAAGGAACAUCCUCAACAAGUUAUGGAUUUUAUUAGCAAAGUUCAAACUCAAGCCAGCCGACCAAACAAGUUCGGUCCUCUCAGCGCAACAUAUUGGCCCCAGACACCAGCCACGACCACCACAACCGUUGGUGGUCCAUGGAACAACCAGAGUCAUGGUGGGGGAUGGUCCAAAGGACACGAGGCUAACCUUAGCCAACCAACCAACAACAUCAACACUGCCGUGGAAUACUUAAAGGAAGCUGUUAAACCACCUGCUUCCAGGUUUAAUGGAUAUCCUAACACCAUUGACAGCAGGGAAGCUGAAAGAAAAUAUGGCGGCUUGGCUGUCGGAACGUCGCCAAUCGGAAGUUAUGGCAGAACCAUUGAUAGCAGGGAAGCUGCAAGAAAAUAUGGUGGAACAGCAGUGUGAAAAAGGCAAACUAUUUGGGAUAAAUUUAAGUGUGUUUUAGGAUAUAAUAAGCUUUGGGCUUUAAUCCAAGGCUGUGUUAGUUUGUUUACACUUAAGUUUGAUGAUGAUGAUGAAGAUAUUUCAGUGAAGUUAGUGUCUAAAGAUGGCCCCUUUUAUGUACUACAAUAAGCUAUCAUUUCAUGAAAUAAAUUUAUAGAUCAUAUUUUUAGUUUAUCAAA